AUGUUGUCCCUCACUGUUGAUGCUAAAGUUUUAGGGCGAAUUCGCGGUUGCGGCGCAUUUUUUUUUUUUCGUUUUCGUGCAUUUCCUGACAUGCUUGCUAGUCAUGAUAAGAAAGAAUGCCAUGAUGUGCGUCGGAUCCUAAAAAAAAAGUAUUACAGAAAUAAGCUGCCGUUGCUAAAUUGGUGCCCGUUGAAGCCGAACCAGGCGAAGAAUACUGUUUUCAACAAUCUUGAUGAUGAAAAAAUUAUGUCCAAAAUCGACUUUACAGCAUUGGAAGAUUUAUUCAAAAUUGGAGUUGCGAAACGUUUCGAAGCAGCUUCAACAAGCGUGCCUGGUGAACAUUCGCCGAGCACUGUUGGAACUGCUAGCGCCACGAAGAAUACUCUUUUAGAUACAAAACGACUGCAAAACAUUGCGAUAACGUGCCGAAAACUGGCAAUGAAUGCAUCGGCGAUAAUGUCCGCGGUGCAUCGGAUGGAUCUGAAGGCACUUCACCCGGAAAGUGUUGACAUCCUGCUGAAAAUUGCUCCAACACAUGAGGAGAUGGCGAAGUUCAAAGACUACGAGUUGGAGCACAAGGGUUUCUCGGAUCUUUCGGAAGAAGACCAGUUCCUAGCGCAACUUGUCAAAAUUGAACGAUUCGAGCAUAAAAUAAAAAUAAUGUCAUUUAUGGGUACGUUUGAUGAGAGCGCCGAUUUACUGGAGCCGCAAUUUGUCAAUCUAACGGCAGCUUCGAAGUGUGUUAGGGAAGCGACUAAAUUUCACAAAAUUCUGGAAAUUUUAUUGGCUUACGGUAACUAUAUGAAUAGUGGCCGAAAAGGAGGUGUUUAUGGAUUCAAAUUAUCCAGCUUGGACACGGUUCGUUUUGCUUUUUCACCCUCUCUCUCAUUGAGAUUUUUCCUUUUUACCGUGAAAUCUCAUUGUUUUAAAUGA